AAAAAACGCCGCCGUUUCCUUGGAUGGCUAGACAACCACAAAAAAAUUAAAAAAAAAUAAUAAUGCCUGUCCAAAUGUAACCUACAAACAGCUAAGAAAAUGGAUGGCGUUUCUUAUCCCAAAAAUCUACAAACCACUGCCACCUCACUUCCUCUCAACGCCACCAUUUGGCAUUUACAAAACUCAGUGUGCCAAAGACGCAUUCCCCAAUCCGCCGCUAACACCUACCUUCAAUGGACGCUCUUUGCAUGAACCAGUUUCUUUCGCGCCUCAAACCCGCACCAAAACUCACCACUCUCUCCUCUUCUUCACUCAACCCACAAGUACAAUCUCUGGCAACCACCAGAACAACCCACAGAACCAGCAGCUUCGCGGCCUUCGCCGUCCAGAACCAGGAAACAAGCUCCCAACAAACGCAAAAAAAGUUUCAAGAACAAGAUGAGUCUUACGGCGAAGUCAACAAGAUUAUCGGCAGCAGAGCCCUCCAGGGUGGCACGGGCAUGGAGUACUUGAUAGAGUGGAAGGACGGCCACGAGCCCUCCUGGUUGCUAUCCGAUUUCAUUGCCAAAGAUGUGGUAGCGGAGUACGAGACCCCGUGGUGGACUGCAGCCAAGAAAGCCGACGAGUCGGCACUCAAGCAGCUAAUCGACGCCGCAGAAGCUGACGGGCGGGAUAUUGACGCCGUGGACGGAGAUGGCAGGACCGCGCUCCUCUUCGUGUCGGGACUCGGUUCGGAGCCUUGCGUCCGGAUGUUAGCCGAAGCCGGCGCCGACUUAAACCACCGCGACAAUAGCGGCGGCUUGACGGCUCUUCACAUGGCGGCUGGAUACGUGAAGCCGGACGUGGUCAAGGCAUUGGUGGAGCUCGGCGCGGAUCCAGAAGUGGAGGAUGACAGGGGAUUGACGCCGUUGGAUUUGGCGAAGGAGAUUCUUAAAGUGACCCCGAAGGGGAACCCGAUGCAAUUUGCAAGAAGAUUGGGGAUGGAAAAUGUAAUUAGAAGAUUCGAGGAUGCAAUAUUCGAGUACGCUGAGGUGCAGGAGAUAUUGGAGAAGAGAGGAAAAGGCGAAUACGUGGAAUAUUUAGUCAAAUGGAAGGACGGUUCUGAUAACGAGUGGGUCAAAACGGCGUUUGUAGGGGAGGACUUGGUGAGAGACUACGAGGCUGGGCUAGAAUACGCUGUGGCGAAGGGAGUUGUAGGGAAGCGGGUUGGGGAUGAUGGGAAGAUGGAAUAUCUAGUGAAAUGGACGGACAUGGAUGAUGCCACGUGGGAGCCAGAGGAAAAUGUGGACCCCGAUUUGAUAAAGGAGUUUGAAGAGGGACAAGUGAAUGGGACGGGUCACGUGGAGGCGAAAUUAAGUGUGGAUGGCCCAUGAUUGCAAUCCGGCGAUUGUUGUAAUGUUUUUAUGUUUUUUUCGGG